AACGGUUGUUGACAGACUUAAAGGCAGAAUAUGCGGCAAAUGACUCGCUAGAGCGACGACCAAGACGCGACCUGACGUUCUUAUAAUGCAACCAAGCUGAGUGUCUUUGGUUGAUCAAACUGUUUGGAGGCCGCUUGAGCCAAGGGGGAUUGUCAUCACCACGCUUUGGUAUCACUGGUACAAAUUCAUCGGAUGAUGUCCUGGCUGCUGGUCUGGAUUUUUUAUCUAGUGCAAGCUGGCACAGCAGAGGAACACAACAUCAAGAGCAAGUACAUUUCAACAAAUCUUGAUGCAAAGUGGGGUCAGACACCAUUUGCCCAUGAAGUUGCUGAAUACUUAAGUGAAGAAAACAAUGAAUACUUCUGGGAUUUUGUGGAUCAAACAUGCACAGCAAAUAUUGACCCAGGCUCCCCGGAGCGUGUCCAGUAUGAGCAGGUGGUCUCUGUGGCGGGGCGCUACCUGAGUGCCUCCGAGCUGGGUCUGCUCCGCUUCUCUCUGUCUCUGCGCCGGCACUCGCCGCGGGUGGCGCUGUGGCAGCGGCUGGCCGCCGACCUGGAGCCCCCGGCGGACUGCGCGUCUACCUUCGUCCAGCUGGGUGACCGCCUGCUCUGCUCCGCCGGAGAGCUGGCCGAGGCAGCCGCGGCAGAGACCGCAGGACCGGAGACGUUCUCUGUUGAUCACCGGUACGGCGAGCAGCCGGCGGGACGUGCUGCGGCCGUGCUCUACGGCCGACUGGGGACCGAGUCCCUCUGUAAGCUGCACACAGAGCUCAAACAGCUGGCCGACGAGCGGAAAGUCGACUACGUGCUCCGGCCCUACAGUGGCGCGUCUGAGGGCGGCUCCAAGGUGCGGCUCUCCGGCUAUGGUGUGGAGUUGGCCAUCAAAUCCACCGAGUACAAGGCACAGGACGACACCAAGGUGCGCGAGGAGACGUCCGGUGACGCCGCCUCGCAGGACCAGGCCGAUGACGUCGAGGGCUUCCUGUUCAGCCGACUGAGGGAACUCCAUCCGGAACUGUCUGCCAACCUGAGCGCCUUCCAGCGUCACCUGGUGGCCUCCUCUGCCGACAUGGCUCCUCUGAAGGUGUGGCAGCUGCAGGAGCUCAGCCUGCAGGCGGCUCAGCGCGUGGCCCAGGCGGACCUGGACGAGGCGCUCCGCCUGAUGACCGGACUGGCGCAGAACUUCCCCUCCGUGGCGCGGUCCCUGAUUCGAACGAAAGUGGACAAGGCGCUGAAGAGCGAGAUCAAGAACAACUACAACAAGAUCUACCAGUCGCUGAAUCUGGACUAUUCUGACGCGGCGCUGUUCGUCAACGGCAUGUUCUUCGACAUGGACACUAUGGACGUGUUUACCCUGUUCGAACACCUCCGCGAGGAGCAGCGGGUCAUGGAGGGACUCGCGAAAGUCGGCGUACCUCGGGCGGCGUUCGACGAGAUGCUGCGUCUGGAGCUGAGCUCGAGCUCCGAGGAUUUCGCCGUGGAUUUCCGCGACACGGCUGUGAACUGGCUGAACGACAUUGAGCGCGAUCGACAGUACUCCAAGUGGCCGAGCUCGGUGACAGAACUGCUGCGACACACCUACCCGGGAAUGCUGCGCACCGUCCGCAAAAACAUGUACCACCUGGUGCUGGUGCUGGACCCGAGCCGUCGCUCGUCGCUGGACGUGCUGAAGCUGGCGCAGUCGCUGCUUACCAACCAGCUGCCCCUGACGAUCGGUCUUGUACCGGUGGUGUCUGCCGACCCGGCCGUCACCGGUCGCCAGGACGCAGGGGUCGCACUCACAGAGGCCUUCAACUACGCGCUCAGAGAGGAGGGCUCGAAAGCCGGACUCAAGGCGCUCCAGCUGCUCAUCGAGGCACACACGUUCGCCGCCGGUCAGGACGUUUCCGUGGAGCACGCCGAGCGGGCCUUUCGCCAGCGGUACCCGUCGGCAGACGUGGAGGACGUGUUCGGAGAGGACUCCGACUACGACGCCGGCCGGACGCUGGCGCGGGACUAUGUCACCCGGCUGGGACUGGGACAGCCGCCACAGGUUCUGUUCAACGGCGCACCACUUCCAGUCCGCUCGAUCACUGGCGACUCUAUCGAGGAGGCGGUACUUCAGGAGCUGAUGAGGGCGCUGCACCAAUUCACCAAGGCCGUCUACAAACAGGAGCUGACCGACGCAGAUGACCUGGCAGAGUGGAUCGUCUCGCAGCCCAACGUCAUGCCCAGGCUGAACGACCGUAUCCUGAAGUCCUCUGAGCGCCGUUUGGUGGAUUUCACUGGCGAACGGCCGGCUGACGGCGCCGCCACCGAGUUCAGUCAGCUGGCGCCACGCGACAUGAGCGCCUCUAUCGGCACGCGACUGAAGUACGCAGCGCGGCCGGGCGGCUCGGUGCGGCUGCGACCUCUGACCUACUGGCUGGUGGCUGACCUGGGCUCGGAGUCGGGUCGGCAGCUGCUGCAUGAUGCCCUCCUGCAGGCGAAGAGCUCUCGGGACAUCCGUCUGGCGUUCGUACCGAACCCGGCCGAGGGCGCGGAGGACUCUGACCUGAACCGGCGUGUCGUGGCGGCGCUGGAGGCACUCACCGGUGACACGCUGAUGAAGUACCUGUUGGCGCUCACUGCUGGGAAGGCAGAGCCCGAGACGAUACUGACGGAGGACCAGAAGACCGCCCUGGCCGACGCGCUGUCCUCGCUCCCCGCCGCGCACCUCGCCGACUGUGUCACGUACGUGCGCCGCGUGCUGCACGUGCCCGCGGGCGCACGUGCACUGGUCGUCAACGGUCAGCUGGUGGGUCCCCUGCGCGCCGACGAGCCGUUUGGGGAGGACGACUUCGCGCUGCUGGAGAAAUUUACCACGAGCAGCUACGCCGGCCAGCUGGAGAAGAAACUGCUGUCGGCUGUACCGCAGGAUGUGCCAGAGGGUGUUCUGAGCGACAUUAUGAUGAAGACGUCGGCGCUGCUCAACUCUCGCACACUGAAGAAGGAGCGAUAUGCUAUGCCGAAACUGGAGGAGAAACACAGCGUGGUGCGUCUGCCGGCCGCCGACGCCUCCCGUCCUGCGUUCGAUUUAGUAGCCGUGUGUGACCCUGUGAGCCGCGGCGCUCAGCAGCUCGGACCGCUGCUGGCCGUACUCAGACAGGUGCUCAACGCAGACAUCCGGCUGGUGCUCAACGCCCAGGACAAACACAGCGACAUGCCGCUCAAAAGCUACUACCGCCUGGUGCUGGAGGCGGAGCCGCAAUUCUCUUCGUCCGGCGCCCUGCAGGGUCCGUCUGCCCGGUUCACCGGUCUGCCGGGCGAGCCGAUCCUCACCCAGCACUAUCACGUGCCGGAUAAUUGGAUGGUGGAGGCGGUCGUGUCACCGCACGACCUGGACAAUAUCAAACUGGAUGAUGUUGAGAACGGUGUGCACAGCGACUUCGAGCUGGAGCAUCUGCUGCUGGAGGGCCACUGUUUCGAGCAGUCGACGGGUAACCCGCCUCGCGGUCUGCAGGUGACUCUGGGCACCGUCCGACAGCCGGUCAUGGUCGACACCAUUGUCAUGGCCAACCUGGGCUACUUCCAGCUGAAGGCCAGCCCCGGCGCGUGGACGCUGCGCCUGCGACAGGGCCGCUCGGCAGACCUCUACAGCCUCGUCAGUGUCGACGGUACCGAAAUACCCUCGGACGCUCCCGGAGUCAGCGUGGUAAUCAGCUCGUUCCGUUCGCACGUCGUCAAGGUGCGCGUGGCCAAGAAGCCGGGGAUGGAGCAGAUGGACCUGCUCAGUGAUGAGACGGACGACUCGUCGGGCAUCUGGGGAAGCAUCAAAAGCACGUUCGGCGGCAGUGGCAGCGGCGCGGCCGACCCGGACGACAAGCUCAACAUCUUCUCGCUGGCUUCUGGCCACCUGUACGAGCGUCUGAUGCGAAUCAUGAUGCUGGGAGUGCUGCGCCACACCAAGACGCCCGUCAAGUUCUGGUUCCUCAAAAACUACCUGUCGCCCACAUUCAAGGACCUGCUGCCGCCGAUGGCCAAGCGCUACGGCUUCGAGUACGAGCUGGUGCAGUACAAGUGGCCGCGCUGGCUGCACCAGCAGACCGAGAAGCAGCGCAUCAUCUGGGGAUACAAGAUCCUCUUCCUUGACGUGCUCUUCCCGCUCGACGUCAAAAAGAUCAUCUUCGUCGACGCCGAUCAGAUUGUGCGAGCUGACCUGAAGGAGCUCCGGGACCUGGAUCUGGAGGGAGCGCCGUACGGCUACACGCCCUUCUGUGACAGCCGGAAGGAGAUGGAUGGAUUCCGUUUCUGGAACCAGGGUUACUGGAGAAGUCACCUGCAGGGGCGCAAGUACCACAUCAGCGCCCUCUACGUGGUCGACCUGAAGAAGUUCCGCCAGAUCGCUGCUGGGGACAGACUGCGUGGACAGUACCAGGGUCUCAGCCAGGACCCCAACAGUUUGUCGAACCUGGACCAGGACCUGCCGAACAACAUGAUCCACCAGGUGCGGAUCAAGUCGCUGCCCCAGGAGUGGCUCUGGUGUGAGACGUGGUGCGACGACGCCUCCAAACAGUACGCCAAGACCAUCGAUCUGUGCAACAAUCCGCUGACCAAGGAAGCCAAGCUGAAGGCCGCCGUCAGGAUAGCUCCCGAGUGGUCCGACUACGAUAACGAAAUUCGGGAGUUCCAGGCCGAGGUGAAGGCCGGAAAACUGUCCGAGAACGCGUCAACAGAUUCUCCGGCGGCAGACCGGCACGGAGGUGAACUGUGAUGACGGCCGACAUAGGUUCCAUUUGGGAGGACUGAGCGCGGCCGGCCCGGCCCGGGCGGGGUGCUGGGGGUGCUCCCUGACCCGUGCCGCCGCUCAGAUCCGGCAGUGUCAGCCGGGACCACGGCGGGUGGGCGGAGGGCGAUACGCAGUCAGUCUCGGGGACUCUGUGACCGGGGGAGGGUAUGCAAGGCCCUAGGUCGUCUCAGUUGUGGUGGGCGAGGAGUGAUUAUUCUGAUUAUUAUUGGCAAGGUGUGGCAUUUGUGGAUGCAACCGGAUUUCGUUGUUUGGCCUAAGUUGUCUGUUUUGUCGAACCCACAGCCAUUAUUUUGUUCAAUGUGGGUUUUGUUGUGAUGUUUUUUUAUUAGACGGAAUUUAAUUCUCGGAUUUCGAUUUCACAAGUGAUGAUGCCGCACUUUCUGCGAUUACGGUAGAUGUGAUGAAUGUUGUUCUAGAGCACGUGCGGGGCGCCGUGCCCCGGCUCCUAUGGUAUGCUCACACUCGGUACUGGAUUAGAUGAAAACCACCAUGACUGUGUGUAGUUGUUGCGGCGUCAGUCUCGUCUGUAUGUGUGUUUGUCACUCUCACUCACUGUCACCAGUGCUACUACUCAGUGCAGUCACCUUUCCAUGACUGUCGGCAAUUACUGUAGAUCAUGUGACACCUAAUGUCCUGUCAUUUUCUCAUCUGCACCACACAAGCGCUAUUCUGUGUUUUCCUCUCUUGCAUCAGUGACACCCGCUGUCUUGUCCUGUCCUGAUACGGACGUAGACUAGACAGAGAUGGUCCUGUACACCGUACGUUUUGUGCCAUCCGCUGCCCUGCCCUAUUGUUGGUUCUUUUUUCACUUAAAACUGUUCCUCCCUCCGUUGUGUCCUGUCCUGUCUUGUCCUGUCGUGCCCUGUCCUUUUCCCUGUGCCAUCCUUUGUUGCACUAUUGAUACACGCUUUCUCCGUCCUCUCAUAUUCUAUGUUGUCCGACACUGUCCUGUCCUGUCCUGUCCUGUCCUCUAUAUCAGACAGCCGCUCUCUCACACUACACCUUUCUACAUCAGCGGCCCACUGUCCCGCUCCGUACUGACUGCGCCGCUGGGUCACAUUGUGAUAGGUCGGCUCCGGACGUGUAAUGUGCUGCCGCGUGUGCGGUAUUGUCCGUCACCGAUAUCUACUGAGUGGGGUGGGGUGGGGAUGGUGGUGGGUGGGUGGUCUGAUUCGCGGCGAGGGUGUGAGUGGGGUGAGGUAGGGGUUCCGGGGUGUGAGGUGGCCACUCGGUGAGACCGUUCUACGUCGUCCCAUGAUAGCCGGGGUUUGGACCUGCCCCCUUCUGAUAGUGAUCGUGCGUCGGUCGGCGCGGUGGGUUCCGUUCUGUCGGGGCUCAAACCUUCUCCCUUCUAACGGGGUCUGAACGGGGCCGCCUCUGCCGUCGCGUAGUGCAUCUGAUGGAGCGGCUCCACCGUGCGCUGAACUCUGUGUAACUCUGUGUAUUUGUACAAUUCAUGCAUACACUGGUCCAUCUGAA